CUUCCGGUUGUCACUUACUGGGCGAGAAGAAGAAGAGGAGGAGGAGGGAGGACUGAGAGAAGAUGGCGGCGGAGUUGGAGACGGAGGUCCAGGCUAUUGACAGGAGCUUGCUGGAGUGUUCCGCUGAGGAGACCGCCUUGAAAUGGCUCCAAACCUCUGAUCUUCCUAAAGAAAUAUACAAGCACCUAGCUUAUUAUGUACCCAAGAUAUACUGCAGGGGUCCUAAUCCGGCCCCACAAAGAGAAGACAUGCUGGCCCAACAUGUUUUGCUGGGCCCAAUGGAAUGGUAUCUGUGUGGUGAAGAUCCUACAUUUGGCUUUCAGAAACUUGAGCAGUCAAACAAACCAUCACAUCUUUGUGGUCGGGUUUUUAAAGUUGGUGAACCAACAUACUCUUGCAGAGAUUGUGCAGUCGACCCAACAUGUGUAUUAUGCAUGGAAUGUUUUCUGGGAAGUGUUCACAGAGAACAUCGAUACAGGAUGACAACAUCUGGUGGUGGAGGUUUCUGUGAUUGUGGUGACACAGAAGCUUGGAAAGAAGGUCCUUACUGCCAGAAGCAUGAACAUAACACUUCAGAAACUGAAGAACAAGAGGAUCCUCUUGUGCACUUGUCAGAAGAUAUGAUAGCUAGAGUUUAUAAUAUAUUUGCUAUCAUGUUUCAGUAUGCUGUAGAUAUAUUAACAUGGGAAAAAGAAAAUGAGCUGCCACCAGGUUUAGAGACAGUCAAAAAGAGUGAUACUUACUACUGCAUGCUUUUUAAUGAUGAAGUUCACACAUAUGAACAGGUUAUUUACACUCUCCAAAAAGCUGUCAAUUGUACACAAAAGGAGGCCAUUGGUUUUGCAACUACUGUGGACAGAGAUGGACGUAGGUCAGUUCGCUAUGGAGAUUUCCAGUACUGUGACCAAGCCAAAUCAGUGAUAGUGAGAAAUACCAGUCGCCAGACUAAGCCUCUGAAGGUUCAAGUUAUGCAUUCAUCUAUUGUCGCACAUCAGAGCUUUGGUUUGAAGCUUCUGACAUGGCUGGGAAAUAUUAUUGGAUAUUCAGAUGGCCUUCGAAGAAUAUUAUGUCAAGUUGGCUUGCAGGAAGGACCAGAAGGAGAAAAUUCUUCUCUUGUGGAUAAACUGAUGCUAUCUGAUUCCAAACUUUGGAAAGGAGCUAGAAGUGUGUACCAUCAGUUAUUCAUGAGCAGCCUACUUAUGGAUUUGAAGUACAAGAAACUUUUUGCUGUCCGGUUUGCAAGAAAUUAUGAGCGAUUGCAGAAUGAUUAUGUGAAAGAUGACCACGACAGAGAGUUCUCAAUUGCUGACCUCUCAGUACAGAUAUUCACAGUGCCUUCACUUGCUCGAAUGUUAAUAAUAGAAGAGAACCUUAUGACUACUAUCAUCUCAACAUUUAUGGACCACUUACGACAUCGAGAUGUUCAGGGCAGGUUUCAGUUUGAACGGUAUACUGCGUUACAGGCUUUCAAAUUUCGCCGAGUCCAAAGUCUUAUUCUGGAUUUAAAGUAUGUAUUGAUAAGCAAGCCAGUUGACUGGUCAGAUGACCUGAGAGAAAAAUUUCUGGAUGGGUUUGAUGUCUUCUUGGAGUUACUGAAAUGUAUGCAGGGUAUGGAUCCAAUAACCCGUCAAGUAGGGCAGCAUAUUGAAAUGGAACCAGAAUGGGAAGCAGCAUUCACCUUGCAGAUGAAACUAACACAUGUGAUCGCAAUGAUGCAGGACUGGUGUGCUUUAGAUGAAAAAGUGCUCAUUGAAGCAUACAAGAAAUGUCUGACUACAUUGAUGCAGUGCCACAGUGGUUUUACUGAUGGAGAGCAACCUAUUGAUCUCAACAUGUGUGGACACUCAGUUGAGACUAUUCGGUACUGUGUCUCUCAGGAAAAAGUUAGCAUUCAUCUUCCUGUGUCUCGUUUACUUGCAGGUUUGCAUGUACUUCUCAGUAAAAGUGAAGUGGCAUACAAAUUUCCAGAACAGCUGCCAAUGAGUGAACUUAGUCCACCUAUGCUAAUAGAACAUCCCCUACGAUGUUUAGUUCUGUGUGCCCAGGUACAUGCUGGUAUGUGGAGGAGAAACGGCUUUUCGCUUGUUAACCAAAUAUACUAUUAUCAUAAUGUGAAAUGCAGAAGAGAAAUGUUUGAUAAAGACAUAGUAAUGCUUCAGACAGGUGCAUCAAUGAUGGAUCCAAAUCACUUUCUUAUGAUAAUGCUGAGUCGCUUUGAACUUUAUCAGAUAUUUAGUACUCCAGAUUAUGGCAAAAGAUUCAGUUCUGAAAAUUCUAAUAAGGAUGUUGUUCAGCAAAAUAAUACACUUAUUGAAGAAAUGUUGUACCUAAUUAUAAUAAUUGUUGGUGAGAGAUUUAUUCCUGGUGUUGGUCAGGUCAGCGCUACAGAUGAAAUCAAGCGAGAAAUUAUCCAUCAGUUGAGCAUCAGACCUAUGGCGCACAGUGAAUUAGUAAAAGCAUUGCCAGAAGAUGAAAACAAAGAGACUGGAAUGGAAACUGUCAUCGAAGCUGUGGCCAGUUUCAAAAAACCAGGAUUAACAGGCAGAGGACUAUAUGAGUUGAAACCAGAAUGUGCUAAAGACUUCAACUUAUAUUUUUAUCAUUUUUCAAGGGCUGAGCAAUCUAAGGCUGAAGAAGCACAAAGAAAACUAAGACGACAAAAUCGAGAAGAUACAGCACUCCCACCUCCUGUUCUACCUCCAUUUUGCCCUCUGUUUGAAAGCCUGAUUAAUAUUCUGCAGUGUGAUGUUAUGUUGUGCAUUAUGAGAACAAUACUGCAGUGGGCAGUAGAGCACAAUGGCUAUGCCUGGUCAGAGUCCAUGCUGCAAAGGGUUCUGCAUUUGAUUGGAAUGGCACUACAAGAAGAAAAACAGCACAUUGAAAAUGCUAGUGAAGAUAAUGUGAUAACAUUUACCUUCAGUCAGAAGAUCUCAAGGCCUGGUGAUGUACCUCGCAAUUCUCCAAGCAUAUUAGCUAUGCUAGAAACUUUGCAAAAUGCACCCCAUCUAGAAGUGCACAAAGACAUGAUCAGAUGGAUUCUAAAGGCUUUUAAUGCUGUUAAGAAGCUCAGAGAGAGAUCUUCUACAAGUCCUGUAUCUGAGACAGAAGGAAACAUUAUGGAAGAGUGCACCCGAGAUAAAGAGAAGGCUGAAAGAAAGAGAAAAGCUGAGAUUGCUAGACUGCGAAGAGAGAAGAUCAUGGCACAGAUGUCUGAGAUGCAACGACACUUCAUUGAUGAGAACAAAGAGCUUUUCCAACAAACUUUAGAUGAACUUGAAACAUCUACCUCCAGAGUGCAUGAUAAUAGUCCUUCAGUUUCAGAUACCAAGCUUAUUGCCUUGGGUCCUGAACAGACAAAAGUGAUUGAGCAAAGGCAAGUAGUUACCUGUAUCUUAUGCCAAGAAGAGCAGGAAGUUAAAAUGGACAACAGAGCUAUGGUCCUGGCAGCAUUUGUGCAGAGAUCAACAGUCUUGUCUAAAAAUCGAAAUAAAGUUAUUCCAGAUCCUGAAAAACAUGAUCCAUUGUUCAUGCAUCCUGACUUGUCAUGUGGUGCGCACACUGGUAGCUGUGGACAUAUCAUGCACGCCCACUGCUGGCAAAGGUACUUUGAUGCAGUGCAAGCAAAAGAGCAAAGACGACAACAAAGAUUACGAGUCCACACGAGUUAUGAUGUAGAAAAUGGUGAAUUUCUUUGCCCCUUGUGUGAAUGUUUAAGCAACACUGUUAUUCCUCUGCUUCCUCCUCCAAGGAGUUUAUAUCCCAGAUUAGAUUUUUCAAAUCAACAGAAUCUAGCUCAGUGGAUUAAAACAAUAUCUCAGCAGAUCAAAGCACUGCAAAUUCUUCGAGAUCAGGAGAGCACAGGUAAUCCCUCUUGCAGUAAUUCAGACAGAAUGGAUGAGCUACAGCUACCUGAAGGGUUCAGACCAGAGUUCCAACCAAAGAAUCCAUAUUCUGAAAGCAUUAAAGAAAUGCUGAAAACAUUUGGCACUGCAACAUAUAAAGUGGGCCUGAAAGUUCAUCCCAAUGAAGAAGAUCCACGUGUACCUAUAAUGUGCUGGGGCAGUUGUGCAUAUACAAUACAAACAAUAGAACGGAUUUUAACUGAUGAAGAAAAACCAUUAUUUGGUCACUUAUCUUGUAGACAGGAUGACUGCCUUACUUCAUUAACAAGAUUUGCAGCUGCACACUGGACAGUUUCUUCACUUUCAGCAGUACAGGGUCACUUUUGUAUGCUUUUAUCAUCACUGGUGCCUAGCGAACAAAGUAGGAAUCGUACAUGUAUUCUUGAUAUUGACAUGUUUCAUUUACUAGUAUGCCUGGUGCUCUCUUUCCCUGCUGUACACUGUCAGGACUUUUCAGGAGUUAGUCUUGGUACUGGAGAUCUUCAUAUCUUCCAUCUUGUCACUAUGGCACAUAUUGUACAAAUAAUACUUACCUCGUCCUCAGAAGAAAAUGGCAUGGAUCAAGAAACCCCUGCUGGUGAAGAAGAAUCAGUCUUAGCUUUGCAUAAAUCUCUUAGCCAAUAUACAGGAAGUGCCUUGAGAGAAAUAUCUUCUGGAUGGCAUCUGUGGAGAAGUAUAAAAAAUGGAAUCAUGCCUUUUCUGAGGUGCUCUGUAAUGUUUUUCCACUAUUUAAAUGGAGUUCCAGUACCACCAGAACUGCAAGUCAGUGGAGCAAACCAGUUUGAACUCUUAUGUAGCUAUCUCUCCUUGCCAAACAACCUCACUUGCCUUUUCCAAGAGAACAGCAAAAUUGCAAAUACAUUAGUAGAAAGCUGGUGUAAUAAUGAUGAAUUAAAAAGGUAUCUGCAAGGUCAGAGACAAGCCAUAAGCUAUCCACGAGAAUCUAACAAAUUAAUAGACCUUCCUGAUGAUUACAGCUGCCUCAUCAAUCAAGCAUCUAACUUUUCAUGUCCGAAAUCAGGUGGUGAUAAAAGCAGAGCACCAACGUUAUGCCUGGUGUGUGGGACAAUGUUGUGUUCUCAAAGUUAUUGCUGCCAGACAGAACUGGAAGGAGAAGAUGUAGGAGCAUGUACUGCACAUACAUAUACCUGUGGAUCUGGAGUGGGAAUUUUUCUCAGAGUACGUGAGUGUCAAGUGCUGUUCCUAGCUGGGAAAACCAAGGGCUGCUUCUAUCCUCCUCCCUACCUUGAUGACUAUGGAGAGACAGAUCAGGGACUGAGACGUGGGAAUCCUUUACAUCUGUGCAGAGAGCGAUUUAAAAAGAUUCAAAAACUUUGGCAACAGCACAGUAUCACAGAGGAAAUAGGACAUGCACAAGAAGCAAAUCAAACUUUAGUAGGCAUUGACUGGCAACAUUUAUAACUUAUUUUCUGAAGAUUUGAACUUAAUUAUCAUUUUGUAAUCCAGCAAAAUUCAUCAAGCAAGCGGAGGAUUAGAAAACAAAGGACUGAAAUAAUAAAGAGAAGAUUAUAGUUCCUUUAACUCGCUCCCCUCCAUCCAUGUUCGUUUUGUACAUUUCCUGGUUACCAUAACCAUGUGAACUUUUCUGUGUAGCAGAUUUGAUCAGUAAUAUUAUUUGCACUGUGCUUCCUUCAUACAGAAACUGUUGAUUUCUAAAACUUAAUCCAAUGAAUUUACAUUUCUGGUAUAAAAGUGGCAAUCUCUUGGAGUCUGGCUCAAAUCUUUUUUGAUAACUAAGAGAAGAGGAAAAUCUCUGCUGAAAUGGCAACUAGACCAAGCACAAUGUUGAAGCAGCAUAUUUGCCCUUUUUUUAGUAAAUCUGAGCCAUUUUGCAUUUUAAUACUUAAAAAGUGCUCUAACUUUGGAAUAGAACAGAACUGAAAUAAGGGUGCAAAAAUGUAGCAAGUGAUGCAUCUGUAUGAUCUCAUAACAACCCUCAUUGUAUCUAAAAUAAUUUUGCAACCUGCAGCCAGUCUAAGGGCUUUUUUGCCUUUGUAUUUUUUCCUGCUAUAUGAGAGAACACUUAAUAAGGAAAAUUAACAAAGAUCUUUUUGAAGUUUUGCAAUCUUUAGAAGUACUGUGUGGAUUGUGCUAAUGACAUAGUGGGCAAAAAGACUUUGCUUUCCAUGCUGUGAUUGGUAGUCUUCAGUGUUUGAAAGUGUGACUUUUUUUAGAAUGAGAUGUUAAGUAAGUAACAUCAUUCAUCAAAGGAAUAAUUUGAACUUUACUUUGAUGUCAAAUUUGAAGAGGCAGAGAAUGACUGUUUUUAAAAAAAACACACACAUGUUUGUCUACUUGCAACUUUCAGAACACACUUGCCUUUUGAUGCUUCUUAAUUAAACCAAAAAUGAAUCCAGCAACAACAAAUGUGUGGUCAUCCCCCCCCCCC